AUGGCAACAUCAACCAGCGAUAGGCCGCCCAAGCGUGGAAGGCCAAAACUUGGUAUUGCUAUUAAACGAAUUGGCUUACAAGCACAAGUGUAUGACGAGUGGAUUAUAAAAAAGAAUUCCCUUGGAUUUUCUGAGAAGAGCAAUAGCGAUUUUGCUAAUUAUUUGCUUCGUAUAAGCGACGAACAAAGAGGUCAAACAUCGCCUUCAGGUGAGUUUCCAAUGUAUCCUAAAGAUCUUGGCACAUAAUUUGUUUCGCUCCAUGGGAAUAGUUACAGGGUAUAUUCAUAUAUUGUUCAUGUUUUUUUCCUGAUUACAUUUGCUGUAGGUCCAUGUCAUUCAACGCCUAUGGGAAAACAGAGUAGACCCCAAUUGUGUGAUUAUUCUCCCAUAUUUGCCAUGGAGGAUGAACCUAGUCAUGAUGAGUAAGUAUAAACUUUUGAAUAUAAGUAUGUUCGUGAAUUGUGAUUUGUUUGCUAAAACAUUACGGCAUAAUUUGCUUAUUUAGAAUUGUAGAUGUUACUGGCAUUUCAAGUCUCAAUGUGAGCACAGUUGAAAGUGUGUCUGUUACACUCAAUCCUGAAUUUGAAGUGUAUGCUGGGGAUAUUUCAGCAGAUAGUUUGAGUGAAGAUUCAGAGUAUGAUGAAAUAAGGUAAAUUAAAUGCAUAUGCAUUGAUCAGGUUAACUAAAAAGGUGUUUGUGAGGUGCUUUUGGAAACUGUUUUGUGCCCCUAGAUUUUUAGCUUUUGUGCCCCCAGAUCUAGUGAAAACCUUCCCAACCCUUCUAUCUGGCCCUGAAUAAAAAUCUCGUGGGUAGGAAAGUAAAUGGGGAUCAGAUGUUCCAAAUAUGCCUGACCUCCCUCUCUGGAUUAAUAUUUAUAUAGUUCUGUCUCAAGUGAAACGUCAACAAUGGAAGUUCCAGGAAAUGUUGACUUGAUUACUGAUAUGGAUGAGUUGUAAGUUCUUUUAGCUGUUAUUGAAUAAAAGCUACUUUACAAUGGCAUUUGUAUAAUUAAAAUUAUUGCAAGACAAAUUGCAACAAGCAUUGCCUUUGAAACUGAAUUUUACUUUUGGUAAUAAAGUAAAUCUGGAUCUAAUACUAUGGCAUUUUGAAAAUGUUGAUAAUAAUGAGUGAACAGUAUCAAGUAUUAUUGUUCAUUAUACUGUGUUCUUGUUUUUUCAUUGGCUACAAGUAAUUUUAGGUAUUUGUCGGUGCCCAUGCUAUUUUCAGUGGAAACAGUAAACUGUAUAGUUUAUUCUACCGAAGAGAUAUUUCAGUGGUGCUUUGUUCGAAACUACAAAAUUGACAGGAAAAUUUAUGAAAAGUCAAUGAAUUUUUAUUUGUUUUUAAUUUUUGUCUCUUUUAUUUGUUACUGUUAUAGAAUGAAUGAUAAAACAAUUAUUCAGCUUACACAGGAUAUCCAGAAUCAUUCAGACCUCAGUCAUUGGUUGGUCGCAUCUGGCUUUGGCAGAUACAUUAACCUUGGUCUGAAUAAUUCUGGAUAUCCUGCUCAACCUCAUUCAAGAAUUGAUCUGAUAAUAAUUUUGACAUCUGAUUUUGUUUCCAGUGAUUCACAAUCUGAAUAUGACGAUGAACGUACAUUAAGUGGUUCUGUGGGUUCAUCAUCCACAAAAGGUGAAGAAGAUAUGGAAAUCAGCUUCGGAGAUGAUUGUGGUAGCAUCGAAGUUGUGGUAGAGCAGCAAUUUGGCCCAGAAACAAGAGAGGAAUGGAAAAAGAGGCUGCAAUCAAAGUUAAAAGAAAAAUUUGAAUCAAUGAACGGCCAGAGUGAUGAACACCAAAAGUAUUUCAGCCAGGAUCGGGUUGUUGUUGAUGUUGAUAUUAUUUUGAACAUGUUUCAAAAUUGUCAGAUCAAAACAUGUAUGGCCAAGGGUGAAGUUAAAGGUUGGCACAUUAAAGGUGGUGUAUUGCAUGUUAUGUGGACAUGUGAAAAUGGUCAUGCGGAUGACUGGACAUCGUCGAAGGUAUUAUGUGAGAAGAGGGGGCAGAAGGUGUUUGUAAACACCUUGCUUAUGGCUGCAUCUAUUUUAAUUACCGGCAACAAUUUGAAAAGGUGAGGACACUGUUCACAUUUCUUGGAACUGGUUUUUUGUCUGCAUCAACAUUCCACAGAAUCCAAAGGAACUACGUUGUGCCUGAAGUGUCAUCCCUCUGGGAAGAAAUGAAGAAGGAAAUUUGGGCUGUACUAAACAAUGAGACUUUAAUCUUGUGUGGAGAUGGCAGAAGUGAUUCUCCUGGAUUCUCUGCCAAAUAUGGUACUUAUGUACUAAUGGAGCAGUUCCUGGAGGUCAUUGUUGACCUGGAGGUAAUAGACAAAAGGCAAACUGGUGGAGUAUCAACAAAUAUGGAAGUUGCUGGCUUAAAAACGCUUCUUGAAAGGCUUGUUGGAAACUUGGUGGUCAGUGAAGUUGUCACAGAUGCAUCUACUGCAGUUAUGGCUCUAGUCAGAAGAAUGAAAG